AUGAGUUCUAUUAAAAAAAACAUGAAAUCAGAAUAUGUAUUUGGUGAAAUUGAUGAAUUUCCGAAUGAGUCCAUUUUCCCAAAAAAAUCUGUAAAAACUAAGGGAUCACUGAAGAGUCUCAGUCACAAAACUUCCUCUGAAAUGUCUGCUAACCCAAAAAGAAGUAAAACUCAAGAAACAGAAAAAUAUGCUGAACCUCGACAAAAGAUACUCAAUAUAAUGAAUCACCAAUUGAUGUCAAGGAAACAAAUAACUGAAAAUGUGAAAACACAUUUAAAUGAAGUCUUUCUUAAUCUGGAGGCAGACUACAACGCCCUGAAGGAAAAUGAACAGAAAUUGGAACAUCUCACUAGUUCUUUUAUAAAAUGCAUGCAACAGGCAACUGCAGCAUUUAAGCAAAAGUUAAACACUCUGGAGGAAAUCAUACAAAAUUUUACAAAAGAAGCCGAAGGUCUUCUAAAACGAGGAGCUGUGAAACCUGAUGAUAGACCAAUUUGGUUUGAUGUUUACCGUGCUUUUCCACCAAUAACAGAACCUAAAUUUGCAAGACCAAAACCUGAAUCUAAGCCUGUAAGACAAAUACUGUAUAAAGAAGAUGUAGUUAGAGCAAAAUUCCACGCUCAAGGACAUGGGAUAGGUUUUAACAUGCUGAGUCCUUAUGGUGAAACUCAAACCAAGAGAUUAAUUAUGAAAUAUGAGCAAUUGCAACAGGAAGGUGUACCAGAAUCAGAGAUAGUGGAAAAGUCCGUUGCGUCCGUGGUCAGUGAACGGGAGCCGGAUAGUACUCGAAUCAAAACUAUAAAUCCUGAAUCCGCCACCGCUCAAGUUUUAUCUGAAGUCAACAUAAAACAUAUUUUUAAAGAAUAA